GGGCCAUGUCAGCGAGGGGCGGGGAGCGCCGCGGAGCUCCUCCCCUCUCCAGCGCGCCGUCACCGGGGCUGCCGGACCGGAGCAACUCGGCAACCACCAACCAUCCGCCGCUGGUUGCUCCUCCGCGCUGGGCGCAAAGACUCGGAGCUUCCACCUCCGCCCGUCCCUCCUCACGGCGAUCGACAUGGCCUCCGACGGCAUGGACGAGCGCUCCCCGCUGCUGUCGGGCCCCAACUCCGGGAACGUGACCCCCACUGCGCCCCCGUACCUGCAGGACGCGAGCCCCCGAGCCAUCGCCAGCCCCGACGCCGGCGGCGUGCCUGUCAUCAACUGCCGCGUGUGCGAGUCGCUCAUCAACCUGGACGGGAAGCUGCAUCAGCACGUGGUCAAGUGCACGGUCUGCAAUGAAGCUUCGCCCAUCAAGAACCCCCCCACAGGGAAGAAGUAUGUUAGGUGUCCCUGCAACUGCCUGCUCAUCUGUAAAGACACGUCCAGGAGGAUAGGAUGUCCUCGGCCAAACUGCAGACGCAUUAUUAACCUGAGCCCGGUGAUGGUCAUCCCAGAGGAGCAGCCCGCUCAGCCGGCGCUGCCCAUCCAGCCUCAGGGGAUGAGGGUGGUCUGCGGUCACUGUGGCAACACCUUCCUGUGGAUGGAGCUGCGGUUUAACACACUCGCCAAGUGUCCCCACUGCAAAAAAAUAUCCUCUGUUGGUAGUGCGCUCCCUAGGAGGCGCUGCUGUGCUUACAUAACCAUAGGAAUGAUCUGCAUUUUCAUUGGCGUGGGUUUAACAGUUGGUACUCGGGACUUUGCCAGUCAGUACAACGCCACCUACGUGUCCUGGGCAUUCGCCUACUUGCUGGGCCUCAUCUGUCUGAUACGAGCCUGCUACUGGGGCGCAAUCAAAGUGAGCUACCCGGAGAACAGCUUCGCCUAGGAUGGGCACGGCUCAGCACGGCCCUGCACGGCCCUGCACGGCCGGAAGAACAAACCCCAGUAUUUAGGUUCAGAUCUGAAAGCGGUCAUGUUCAGUGGAGUGGAACGUCUGCAGAGAGCGUUGAAGAAGUGUGUGUGUGUGUGUGUGUGUGUGUGUGUGUGUGUGUGUGUGUGUGUGUGUGUGUGUGUGUGUGUGUGUGUGUGUGUGUGUGUGUGUGUGUGUGUGUGUGUGUGUGUGUGUGUGUGUGUGUGUGUGUGUGUUGGGAGAUGUAUCCCGUUGCGUUUGAGUCUCUGAAUGUUGUUAACUCGCUGAACAAACCUCUCGUACGUCGAUCGACCUCCUCCUGCUCCACACAGACUCAAAUCCUGCCCUGGUUUUGCAGAAUCCUCCAAAAAUACAGAAUCAAGAAACAUUUUGUUGAUGAAAGCAAAAUUAUUUGGUUCCUGCGCUGAUUUAAAAAUCAUCGUUCAGCGAGCUGGCAGGAUUUGGUCCUUGUGGAGCGUUUUUAGUUCGUUGAUCAGCAGCCUGCUGAACUGACGGUACCCUCUUGAUUUCUUUUGUUUCUGACCAGACCAAAAUAACAGUUUGCCCAUUGCACUACGAUUAUAUGCAAUUGUAUGUGUUGUUUUGCUGCUAGUUAAAACUCCAGCUACAGUAAGCUGCAUACUCCUAGUGUCUCGUAAACCAUUUACCUUGCCUGUGUAUACUGACAUGGUAUUGCUGUAUGAUUUUAACUCUCGAAAUGAUUGACUUUUAAAAAGAAACUGCCCUUAAAUAUCCAUGCGUGCCAACUUUGCUGCCCAGUAUUAGUGGAGAAGAGCAUCAGAUCAACAGGAGCUUGUUUCUUUGUUUGUGCCACGCAGCUUUGAAACUCACUACAGCAAUAACCCUCCUACUUGAGUUGCUUUCGGCCUCCGCCGCUGCGUCCUUCACUGCGAUUAUCGUUGCCUUCUCACUGGUGGAAAAAUGUGAGACUCACGAUUGCAUGUUGAUUUUGUUUUUCAGUUACAGAGUGUGUGUUUUUUUUCUGUUUCAGCGCGGUAGCUGACGCGUGUGAUGUUCCCGUCUUUGCUCUUUCUGCGUUAGAAUGUAAACCCUCCUCUUCCUCCUCCUCUUCCUCCUCGCAGCUUAUAUGCGUCUCUCCGACCGCCAGUGAACUCUAGUGCUAUAGCUAGCAUCGCUGUACAUUGAACUCAGCACCCUGUCUCUUGACCUUUUACCAGUGGGCACAGCUCCAACUUCUAACCUUGUUUUGAAUGUGAUGAUGAUGAUGAUGAUGAUGAUGAUGAUGAUGAUGAUGAUGAUGAAGCAGAAAAUAAUAUAAAAAAUACUCUUUGUACAUAGUUCAAAUUCAGGACUUUAAAAAGUGUAGUGCCAGGCGGAAGGAUACGAUGGCUUGUGGGUCUUUUUAAAAAUGAUAAUUUAUCAAUAAAAUGAAAAAACUG